AUGGGAAACGAUGAUCUUACAAAGUAUGGUAUCGAUUCGGUCCAAGUGUCGACAUUCCCAGGAUCUAAAGCGCGAAUGGAAACACUCCCAAGGGACAUCAAGGAUAUGAACGACUCAGAAAUCGAAAAAGAUUCAAGCCAGGUCGUCGGCAUAGAUCUUGUUAAUAAUCAGGUUGAUGUUCCAGAGGAGACAGUGGCAUUUCCCGAUGGAGGAUUGAGGGCUUGGUUAUGCGUUGCUGGAGGGAUAGCAGGCAUGUUCUGUGGAUAUGGACUGGCUCCUUCGGCUGGUGCUUUUCAAACAUGGUAUAAAAACAAUUAUCUAUCCGACUAUACACAGAGCCAAGUAGCUUGGAUAGGAGGAAUCCAAGCCUUCGUUACAUUCGGUCUAUCAAUCGUUACCGGAUCUAUAUUCGAUCUAUACGGACAUAAACACCUAAUGGUCUCUGGAACAUUCCUGCUGACCUUGGGAUACUGUCUUUUGAGCUUGUCAAGGAAAUAUUAUCAGAUAUUCUUAUGUCAUACUACCCUUAUAGCGAUAGGUAUGAAUUUCAUGCUUAUCGCUUCCUUGGGCGUUGUGGGACAUUGGUUUUCGAAAAGACGAGGAUUGGCCUUUGGAACGAUUUCUACAGGAGCAUCGAUAGGAGCGAUAGUUUGGCCAUUGAUAUGGGCGAAUGCCCCUCAGAAGAUCGGUUUUGGAUGGACCAUGCGACUCAUAGCUCUCAUAUGCUUGAUCAUCGGUAUCACUGCGUUCUUCUUACUGAAAACGAGAUUACCACCUAAACCACCUGGUCCAUUCUUUCGAUUCGAGGCUUUCAGGAGUCUACCCUAUUGUUUAUUGGGUUUGUCUGCUUUUACCUGGGCAUUCGGCUUCUUCUUUUGGAAUGUGUUUAUAGGGACUUAUGGGAACUUGAGAGGAUGGAACGAUAUUGGACCGUAUUUCUUGAUAUUCACAAUGGUGGGAUCUACCUUGUUUCGCAUACCGUCAGGCUUCAUAGCCGAUCGUAUAGGUUGUUACAACAUCACUAUAAUAUCCAAUAUCAUCAUGACCCUCCUACUGUGGCUAUUACUCGUAUCAAAGACUAUCGCAUCGACAAUCGUGAUUAGUGUAUUGUUCGGCAUGAGCAGUGCGACGUUCGUAAGUCUACAGGCACCUUGUGUAAGUAGGUUAUGUAAGGAUAUGAGAUUUGCAGGUACAUAUGUAGGUAUGAACAUGUUUAUAACAUCAUUGGCUCAAAUAGUCGGACCACCUUCAUCAGGUGCAUUAUUGGGAACGGGAUCGAAACAAGAACAACUUGAUAGAUUCCCACAUGCGACUAUUUUGGCAGGUACGAUGUUAACUCUAUCGACUAUCGCUUUGAUAGGUGCUAGGUUAUGUCAGAAUAAGAGGUUAUUAGCUUUUGUAUGA